ACACAAAUUUUGGCGCGGUCCGAAUUGGUAUAGGAAGAAUGAUGCAGCGUCUUCGACUCAAAUCUCUACUUUUAUGGCCUACUCUUCGCUCUUCUUCCUAUCCCCAUCUCCAUUCUCAAACCCUCAAACUAAAUUCCUCUUCUCUUCAAUACACGCCUUGGUCUGGUAUCAAAGCUUGGAGGCAGAGUCCCCUCAAUGAGAAUCGAUUUUGGGGACCCAAUGGACCAGAGCCUCUGGCUGAAUCAUCAUCAACUGGGUUUCUCUUUGACAGCCGAAUCGAAUCGGCUUCGUCUCUUGCGGAGUUGGGUGCAUUGGUUCUCUCUACCAGUGACCCUUUGACCAAAUCCAUACUCUCUCAUCUUGCUUACUCCAGAUGGUCUCAGGAAGAUCUUCCCAUUGGUGUUUUUGAUGCUCCUUCCCGUCCUGCUCGGCCCCCUGUGCCGAAAUUGGUCUCCCCAAAGGAAAUUCCGGCUCCUAAAAACGCAGGAUUGCCUCUGAAUGCUUAUAUGUUACACAAUCUUGCUCAUGUUGAGCUUAAUGCAAUCGAUUUGGCUUGGGACACAGUCGUUCGAUUUUCUCCCUUCAGUGAAGUUCUUGGGGAGGGGUUUUUUGCUGACUUUGCUCAUGUUGCUGAUGAUGAGAGUCGCCAUUUUAUGUGGUGUUCACAGAGACUUGCUGAACUUGGUUUCAAAUAUGGAGAUAUGGCUGCUCAUAAUUUGCUUUGGAGGGAGUGUGAGAAAUCAUCUGACAAUGUAGCUGCACGCUUGGCAACAAUCCCGCUCGUCCAGGAGGCUAGAGGACUUGAUGCUGGGCCCCGACUAGUGAAGAAACUAAUUGGCUUCGGGGAUCAUAGAACAUCUGAUAUUGUAGCUAGAAUUGCUGAUGAAGAAGUUGCACAUGUAGCUGUUGGCGUCUACUGGUUCGUCUUAGUCUGUCAGAAAAUGGCACGUGCUCCAUGCUCGACUUUUAGAGACUUGUUAAAAGAAUACAACGUGGAACUAAAAGGGCCUUUCAAUUAUUCAGCUCGAGAUGAAGCUGGCUUUCCACGUGAUUGGUAUGACAUAUCAAACACGAAUGUACAGGAUGAGUCAAGUGGAAGCGCUAGAAAUGAACAGCUAUCUGUGGUUUACGAUAGGCUCACUUCUUUAAUAUCCAUGGAGUGCAAGAACUCCAGUCUGCAUGGGCCUUCAGAAUGAGAUGUGCAAUUCACCAUUGUCCGGUGUUUUGGGAAUGUACAUUGCCAUUGCUGUUAUUGAUUGCUGCAUCGCUAAGAACCCAAUAAAGUUUAAUGAUUCUGGAGCACAGUUUUGUAUGGUUAGUAUCCUGUUUUAUCUCAGUCAUCAAGAUUAAGAGCAUCAAUUCGUCCCCAGACUAAUGUAGAACUGCUUGAAGAUCUCUAGAUCUAUCAUUUUUUUUUUCCGAAUCCUGUAAAUUAUGGUUAUAUACAUGUGAAAAUAUGAAAAUAAACACAAUUUAAUCUACCUGCCCAAGUCAACGACGGUCGUGUUUUAAUUCUAAUGUGAAUGAAAGUUGAGGAGUAUAGUUUUAUAUAGUUAGUUUUCUGUUUUAUCUGAGUCAUCAAGACCAAGAAUACACAUUGGUCUAUGUACUAUUCUUUAAAUCAUCCCUUUGAAUCCGUAGUUUUUGGGAAGAAACAUAUGAAAAGCA